CGCGAGAUAAUGACGUACGAAUCCCGGAAAGGGCAGAGUCAACCGUAUUUACGCUUCGUCUCCACGGGCACAUUUAGUUAAAAACCGAUUUUUCUUUUUAGUUUUAGCAGGCCAAAAUGGGGAAAGCCGAUUUUUUCUCACCCAAGGCGAUAAGCAACCGGAUAAAAUCCAAAGGUCUCCAAAAACUGAGGUGGUAUUGUCAAAUGUGUCAAAAACAAUGCCGAGAUGAGAAUGGCUUCAAGUGUCACUGCAUGUCCGAGUCCCACCAGAGGCAGCUGCUGCUCGCCUCGGAAUGCCCAAACAAGUUCAUGGACUAUUUCUCCAACGAGUUCAAAAAUGGCUUUGUGGAGCUGCUGCGGCGCCGAUUCGGGACAAAGCGCGUUCACAACAACAUCAUAUACAACGAGUACAUCAGCGACCGCCAACACAUCCACAUGAACGCCACGCGCUGGGAAACGCUCACCACGUUCACCAAGUGGCUGGGGCGACAAGGUCUUUGCAAGGUGGACGAGACGCCGAAGGGCUGGUACAUCCAGUACAUCGACCGCGACCCCGAGACCCUCCGCCGGCAGGAGGAGCUGGCGAGGAGGAAGAAGCACGAGCUGGACGACGAGGAGCGCAGCGCCAAGUUCAUCGAGGAGCAGGUCCGCAGAGGCCGCGACGGCAAGGAGGAGGAGGCGGAAGACCCGGUUUACACCGAGCUGAAGCGAGAGCAUGAAGAGGAAAAAGUCACGUUCAACCUGGGCGCCGGCACAUCGCUAGCAGGUCCUUCCACAUCAAGUUCCCUCCUGGCCCCAAGUGCUCUGGCCAAGACGUCAUCGGCGAAGAGGAAAGAGCCGUCCUCUGCUUCCGACUCGCGGGACAAGAAGCGAAAGUCCGCCCUGGAGCAGAUCAUCGAGAUGGAGGAGAGGAAGAAGCAGCAGCAGCAGCCGCCGCCCACCAAGACCGACCAUUGGCUGCAGCCCAACAUUGUGGUCAAGGUGGUCACCAAGAGGCUUGGGGACAAGUACCACAAGAAGAAGGCCGUCAUCAUGGAGGUGCGAGAGAAAUUCACGGCGGUGGUGAAGAUGAUCGACUCUGGGGACAAACUCAAACUGGACCAGAACCACGUGGAGACGGUGAUACCCGCACCAGGAAAGCGCGUGAUGAUUGUCAACGGAAAGUUCCGUGACACGGAGGCCGUGCUGGAGGGCAUCGACGAGAAGAACUUCUGCGCUUCGCUAACGCUCGAUUCCGGUCCACAAAAGGGAACGCGCGUGGAUGUCGCCUAUGAGGACUUCUCCAAACUGGCUUGAGCAAACUUUUUUCUCCUUCUCUAAUCUACUACGUCAGAGUUGCAAUAUUUUUUCAUCUGGCUUUUUCUUUUUUUCAAACCGGCAGAUUGCUUUGAUGAUACGUUUUCUAUCAAUUCAACGUGACCAAUCAUUAUUUCAACUUUGGGAUUAAUGAACUCGCAAAUAAGACAUUGGUGG